GGGAACGCCGGGUCGAAACGUCUGACGUUUGAGACUGGCCAAAAAUGGCCAAAGCGCAUUUGUCGCGUACGAUUUGCAACGUCCUAACCGCACUGCUCGUAGUACUGUUCCUGCCCACUAAUCGGUUCGAGAUAACAGAUAACUCACUCACCAUGGCUGACGUCGACGCCCAGUUCGUUCAGCAGUCGAACGAUUUCGCCGUUCAACUGUACAAGCAAGUGAGCUCGAAAAGUGUCGGAGAAAAUGUGGUCAUCUCGCCGUUUUCGGUCAGUGCGUGCCUUUCGCUGGUGGCCCAGGGAGCGGCUGGUCUCACGGCGGACGAGCUAUUUGGUGGCCUGCGCUACGGAAAAGCCGACCGCAAGCAGCAGGUUGCUGAGUCGUACCGACGGCUGAUGGAGCGCUUAUCGACCGAUAAAACGAUGAAUGUGGCCAACAAAGUGUACGUCAUGGAAAAGUACAAAGUAAAGAGCUCGUUCAAUGCGGUCGCCGCCGAUAGUUUCAAAUCGGAAGCGCAAGAGCUUAACUUUGCCCAGAAUGUGGCCGCGGCGAAAACAAUCAACGGGUGGGUCGAAGGAAAAACGAACAACAAAAUUAAGGAUCUCAUCGCACCCGAUGUGCUGGAUGAUCUGACGCGUAUGGUGCUGGUCAACGCGGUUCAUUUCAAGGGCACCUGGACCUACCAAUUCAAUCCCGCCUCGACCCGCCCGAUGCCGUUCUGGUUGAGCGCAACGGAGUCACGCGAAGUGCCGAUGAUGAACAUCAAGAAACACUUUGCGUACAACAACUUCGAGGAUAAAGGAUUCUCCGCCCUGGAGCUUACGUACAGCGGAAGCGACGUGACCAUGCUGGUGCUGCUGCCGAAUGAACGCACUGGCCUGGCAGCGCUGGAAGCGCAACUUCCGAGCCUUAAUCUAGCCGAGCUCGCCUCCCAGAUGCACAAGCAGGAAGUGGAGGUCUUUCUGCCCAAGUUCAAGAUCGAAUUCUCUCUCGAUCUUAAUGACGAUCUGACCGAGCUCGGCAUGGGUCGAAUGUUUACUGAUGCGGCCGAAUUUCCCGAUUUACUCGAAGCGAACGAACCACUGAAGGUCUCCAAAGUAAUACACAAGGCGUUCAUUGAAGUCAAUGAAGAGGGAACCGAAGCGGCUGCCGCUACCGGAACGGUUAUGAUGGCUUAUUGCAUGAUCAUCUCUGAACCACUUACGUUCAAGGCAGAUCAUCCGUUUGUUUAUGCAUUACUUUCGCGUGAAAAAGGCGUUUAUUUCGUUGGCAAAAUGUCGAAAUCAACUUAAAUGUUACAAAAGCUUGUUUAAUAAUACCAACUAACGUUACCUCACGGAGUCAUUACAAGUGCUGGUCCGGAUAUUUAAAUUAUGCCAUUAGGCGGAAAAGUUGCCAGAAAAUAUACAUCCACACAACAUUGCUAUUGAUCAACGUAAAUUUUAAAGGAAAACAGAACUCUGAAAUAGGACCAAACAUAUGAGGCUAUAUCCCAGUAAUUAUUUUUGUCGUCAUCUUUUCAUAAUAUCAACAAACUAUCUGAACAUGUUCAUACUCAUAAUAUCGAUACAAGUGGUUUCGACACCAAUCGUAUCAUUAUUCUAAAUCAAACACGAAAUAUCAUUGUUGCAUAAUUCCUACCAUAAACUGU